GCGAUGGGAUUACGACACAAUAAGUAAUUUACAACCACGACAACUUAUUUCAUGGCAAUCAGUAGGUUGUCAACAUGUACAAUGCUACGAGGAUUGCUUUCAGUAGUUUCCCGAGGCACCGUCCUUGAAAACGUUACUGCUGUGAAUUCAAACUCAAUCAUUAAACGCAGCAUUUGCAAUACAACGCCAUUAUGGAAGAAAAAGAUGCCCGACCGGCCAGCACCCAUUGAUGAAGCAGAUUUUACUGAAGUAUUUUUGCAUGGCAGUGGGCCGGGAGGUCAGAAAAUCAAUAAAACCUCUUCCGCAGUCCAGUUGAAACAUAUCCCAACAGGUAUGGUCCUCAAAGUUCAAGCCACCCGUUCCCGUACACAGAAUCGUAAAAUCGCACGGCAAAUGCUAGCAGAAAGGCUUGAGUUGUUGGAGAAGGGGAAGGAGAGCCGGGUUGCGAUUGUAGGGGAGACCAAGAAGAAGAGGAAAAGCAGUGCCGUAAAGAAAAGUAAGAGAAAAUAUCGACUUCUGGCAGAAGAGAAAGCUAUGAAAGCAGGUGAGGACAAGGCCCAGGAGGAGGGGGAGGAGGAGGAGGAGGAGAGGUUUGAGGAGGAGGAUCUUGAGGAUGGCCAAAGAGUCCUUGAAGAUAUGGAAAUGCCAGUGCAAGAGUCGCCGAGUAGAGGGAGUGGUCCUUGAUGCUGAAAAAUACAUUUAGACUUGUUGCCUUCAUCAACAUCGGAAAAGUUUUCAUCGGAUUUUCGUGUAAAACCGUCUUACUAUCGAUGGUGGACAUGUAUAUCCGCAUGUAUUAUUGCUAUUUCCGCUUCCCGCCCCUCUGUAUGCAUUG